CUGAUGAUAACUGUCGCGCACGAAUCAGAUUCAGCACGAACCGAUGAAUUAUAAAGAAGUGCGCUUUAGACGACUUGCAAAGCUUAUGCGAUUGAGUCGAUCGAAGCUAAACAUCCAGCUGAUACGCAAAGCUGAUCCAAAGAGUGAGCAAAGGCAGAGAUGCCAAAGGCAGAAUGGGGCAAAAUCGCCUUUGUUCCUCCAGGACAGAGCCGAGUCGUGCAAACGGCUUGAGAUGUGCGUAGGAUAUCUGCCCAUCAACCGGAGCGAGCCAAAAACGACACGAUCCCGCCAACAACUAACGCACAACUUGUGCGAAUAAGAUGGAGCGCUGAGGAAACGCGAAUCGAGAACGGCGUGCGUUACAGACGGGGGAUGUGUUUCGCGUGUGCUUCUCGUGCAGACCACAUGGGGUAGAGGUAUCUGGAAGUUGCAGCGCCGCAAACGGGGAGCAUCACUGUAGGAGGCUCGAGACGCGCGUCGCACCGUCCCGCGUUUAGAUGAUGGACGGAUCUCUGACAGAGCGCUAGAAAACCACCGCGGACCGCACCGGAGACCUUUCGCAGCUUAAGAAACAAUUUGUAAUGGAUUUUCCCGUUAAAAAAAGAACACCGAACGCGUGCAGUUUUACGAAGUAACGCACAGAAAGUAAUGCUGCUCGUUCUCUCGGGAGGAAUGAUAAUCGCUCUGGAUUACAAGCCUUGUUGUGAUGUUCAAAACCGCGUACGUGCAUGCGCUCAAACAAGCGGGUAUUUGAAAAGUUGUCACUGAAAUAAACGGCCGUGAAUUUUCGUUUGGAGGCGAGGACUGGUAUAACAACUCAAAUGGAGUUGCCGCUGGUGGUUUUUACGGUAGUGUGUUGGGUCUCUGUAUGGUCGGACGACCGGAUCAUCUCAGACAGACACGCGGUCUACUGGAACAGUUCAAACUCCAGGUUCUGGCAGGGUGAAUAUACGGUUGCGGUGAGCAUCAAUGACUAUCUGGACGUGUACUGUCCGUAUUACGAGACGCCCCAGCCUCACAGUCGCAUGGAGCGCUACAUCCUUUUCAUGGUCAAUCAUGAUGGGUACCUCACCUGUGAGCACCGCAUGAGGGGCUUCAAACGAUGGGAGUGUAACCGGCCCCAGAGUCCUGAUGGACCACUGCGCUUCUCUGAGAAGUUUCAGCUCUUCACCCCCUUCUCGCUUGGUUUUGAGUUCCGGCCUGGACACGAGUACUAUUAUAUAUCCUCUCCUCAUCCUAACCACGCUGGCAAGCCGUGUUUAAAGUUGAAGGUGUACGUGAAGCCUACAAAUGGUUCGGGCUACGAGUCUCCAGAGCCGUUCCUGACUGAUCAGAGCCAGCGCUGCAGGGCAGACGGCCCGUGCCUAGCUGUGCUGCUGUUGCUGCUGGCCUUUCUGCUGGCCCGCGUUUAAGAAGCCCCCGCCGCUGCCCAGACUGCCUACCGCUCUCCCUCCAUCCAUACUCCCUCAGGGAAGCCCUCUCAUCCAGACCCCCGGCUGCAGUCGGAUUCACGCGUCUUCUUUCUUACCGAACGAGCUCCUCGCUGCUGAUCCGAGGACGAGAGACGUUCCCUCUGCUUUAGCGGCUGAUGUAAAGCUGAACACCUGGAGUCCGUCGUGGAAUGUGACCUUUUAUAUAUGCUGUCAUGUAAUCGAGGCUUGUAUUCAUGUGCCAUUUAGUCACGUUUCAGGGCGUCGCGGUUUACAAAAGAUUUCAGACACUUAUUUGGAUAGCUAUUAAUGCCCCCCCCCACAUCGUCUUACACCAUACUCAGCCCAGAAGUAAAGGGGAUUUUCUCCUCCUAAUAAUAACAAGUGACACCAAAGGACUCUCUUCAGAGAUUUAGUUUUAUUUUUCAUUUGAAGGGAGAGAAGAAAUGUGUUUUGUGGUAGCCAGCAGCUAGGGACUUAGUGUUAGACAUUCACAUGCAUGUGAAACACUGUGAAACAGAGAAAAACUGAUCUUCUUACAAUAGUAACAAUAUAUUUUUCUUAGCGAAAACGAAACAAACGUAGACCUUCUAGCCACUCUUCUGGUGUAAGGCUCAGCUGGUGGAGUUUGGAUCAGACGCAGCCAAAUGUCAGUGCCCUCGCCUCAAAACUGUGCUCGUCUGCUGUGGUUGGGACAAGGACUUCGAAUCUCUGAGAUCGCUUUGGUGCAAACCCAAAUGCCGCUUAAUAAAACUCUGCAUUGGUUUUUCUUUCUAGCUCUGUGGGACAAGCAAGCAAUGGAAACGCAGUGAGGAUCUAGCCACUUUUAAUUCACAGACGCACACACCGCGGGCAUGGCCGAAAAGGAAAUGGAUUUUUUGUAUUCUAUUUCAUGUUAUUUUUGUAGCAUUUAAAAGCAACAUCAAUUAUUCAUGCGAUAUGAGGAACGGUUUUAGCGUCUUGAGUGGCGAUACAGUGUGUGAGUCAGCAGUCGGACGUAUUCAGAAAGGCCCACUCUCUCACUCUUACUGUUGUUAUUGUGGUCUUGUCAAACUGUAUUCAGUAUUUAAAGAGACAGAAAGCAUUUCUUUCCAUCUGAUUUGAUUGUGUCCUCUUUUUCAUGUGACGUUUUGUACAGCCAACAUGUUCUGUCGAACUGAAGAAACAUGCUGAAAUGGAAAAAUAAAAAAUAAAGCGUUUUUGUCUACGAGA